CUUUCCUAUGCUGUCUCUGCCACCAAGUACCUUUUCAAACUCGGACUUGGACCUCUUGUGUUUCUCAGCAGCUUCCUGCAGUGACUGCUGCCACUCCACCGCAGCUUAAGCAACAUGGUGGUGCUGUGACCAGGCUGGAGAUGGACCUGACCUGUGCCACCUGCCUGGACACUUACCUUGAGCUGGUGAUGCUGAGUUGUGGCCACAGGAUCUGCAGGCAUUGCAUCCAGGAGGAGCGCCCGCAGGUCCGUUGCCCGCUGUGCCAUACCCAGGCAGACCCAGAGGAGCAAAGGCCUGAAGUGCAAUGUGAAGAGAAGGGGGAAAGCUUGGGACAGCAAGAUGGGGUGAUCCUGUGUGACUUCUGCCUUCAGGAGCCCCAGCCAGCUGUGAAGACCUGCGUGAACUGCGAGGCCUCCCUCUGCCAAGCCCACCUGAGCAAGCACAACACAAAGAGCUCUCUGAAAGAACAUGUCCUGAUAGAGCCCUGUGAAGCUCAGGUUUUGGCUGAGAGAAGAUGCCCCCAGCACGGCAGGCUGCUGGAGUGCUACUGUGUGACAGACUCGGUCUGCAUCUGCAUGCUGUGCUGCAUCAUCAGCUCCCACAAGGACCACAAGAUCACCACUCUGGAGGAGGCUUUUGGCAAAGCACAGGGUUUUUUUACUGAAACCCUGGAAGCAGUGAAAAACCACGAAGCUGCGCUGAAUCACAGCAUAGAAAACCUGCUGAAACAAGAGGAGGAAGUAAAGACUGAGGAGGGCCUGCGGAGGGAUCGGCUGGAGAGCCUCUUCAAAGAGAUGUGUCUGCAGCUAGGAAACAGAAAAGAAGAGGUCCUGAAAGCUCUCAGUCACAACGAGGAGCAACAGCUUUCUUGGAUUCAGAAGGAGAUGCAAAAACACAAAGAGGGGAAGGAUGCAGCCAGCCGUGAUGUACGGGAGCUGGAGGCUCUGAGAGAUCAGAAAGACCUCCUUCUUUUCAUCAAGGCUUUUUCAGCAAUUCAAACCAGGGAACGCAUGCCAGUUUCUAAGGAUGAUGAUUUAAAACCAACGCCACCCAUUAUUUUGGAUAAAUUAACAACAGAUGGUACUCUAAGGCUUUUCCAGGAAUUCCUCUCAGACAUGCAGUCCUUAUUUAAAUCACCGCCUGGAGUAACUUCCACAGCAGAGAACGCCACAGAAUCGAAACGCAUUGCGAGGAAGAGGUCAGAACAAACACGUUCUGCAAAUUCCCCACUACAGAAUUCCCUCCUUGUGCCUGGCCACGCUAGGAGGUUUUGAGAGCUCUAGAAAACACCUUCAAAUGAUCCUAAGCAAAUAAGCGUGUAUAAAAUGGC